AUGUCCAAAGCAGCAAAGUACCUCCUCGUCUCUCUCCCCACCUCCAUCACCCCCUCCCACCACCGCGACGACGCCCUCGACGCCAUCUCCACCACCGUCGCCUCCGAUAAUGGCACCGUGGCUCCUUUCCCGAUCCCCGAAUUCAAGAUCGGGACCCUCGACGCCCUCGUGCAGCAGGCCGACGAGCUGGCCAAGCUCGAGGCCGGUUGCCAGGCGGUCGUGGCCAAGGUCGGGGACGCGCUGAAGAACAUCCUGGAGGGCGACGAAGCACAGAUUGAGAAGAUGAAGGCCGUGAACGAUAAGCCGGUGGACCAGUACCUCCGCACGUUCUCGUGGAACAAGGUCAAGUACCGUGCCGAUAAGCCGCUGGGCGAGCUGAUCGAUCUGCUGCAGAAGGAGGCCGCCAGCAUCGAUAAUGACAUCCGCUCGAAAUACUCCCAAUACAACCAGGUCAAGAACACCCUGAUGACCCUGCAACGGAAGCAGACGUACGUCCACCCACUUCUCUCUACCCACGGUAGACCCCUAACAAAUCUCCAGAGGAAAUCUCUCGACCAAAUCCCUGGCCUCCGUCGUCGACCCGCGCUCCCUUGUCCAGAACUCCGAGUUCCUGGAAACGCACCUUGUGGCUGUGCCGUCGCAGCAGACCAAGGACUUCCUCAAGACCUACGAGACUGUGUCGCCGAUGGUGGUGCCCCGCUCGGCCAAUCUGGUCGCGGCUGA